AGAGAGAGAGAGAGAGAGAGAGAGAGAGAGAGAGAGAGAGAGAGAGAGAGAGAGAUGAAAAGCAUGCCAAGCGAGAGAGAGGCGCUCAUACUGAAGGAGGCAGAGGCAACAGCUACAGCAACAGCACGCUCCUUCCCCAUCCUCCCUCUCCUUUCUCAUAAUCCAACAUCCACCCAGGGGGAGAUGGAGGGCGCCCCGACCCGUUGAGGAGGACUGUCUCCAGGAGAGGAAGCUCUCACAUGAGACCCCCUCCUGCGAAUGCCUGGAUACAUUUUUUUGGGACAAUAACCAACAGGCAGUGAAAGGAGGUGUGUACACAGGAGCCUGUCGGUGGGAGGGAGGGAGGGAGAAGGAGAGAAAAGAGGGGGAUAAGGUUUGGUACAGCUGCUGAUACCGGGGUCUGAGAGUGAGACAGACUGAGGGGGACUUGAGGAGUGAAGGAACGGCACGUGUGGAGCAGUGUCAGCAACUUGUGGGCCAAGAAGAGAGGAAAAUAGAUUCACAUACGCACACAGCUGGACAGAUGAAGAGGCAUCAGGGACCACACUUCAGUCCUGGGUGUGUAGUGCACUGACCCUGCCUGCGACAGGUGAGGAGUCAGAAGACCAGGGCCAUGAUUGGCUCUCCUGGCCCUGGUGGGCGUGCCUUAGUGCCAUGGCCGAGGGUGUGUCGAUGGGUCCUGGUUGCUUCUCUGGUUGCCAUAAUAACCUUGACGCUGCCAGGAAGUAGCCAGGCCUGUCCGCCACGGUGCGAGUGCUCGGCUCAGCUGAGGUCGGUGUCGUGUCAGCGGCGUCGGCUCACCAACAUCCCAGAGGGCAUCCCCACAGAGACACAACUUCUGGACCUCAGCAAGAACCGUCUCCGCUGGGUGCAAGCAGGUGACCUGGCACCGUACCCGCGGCUGGAGGAAGUGGACCUCAGUGAGAACCUCAUCGCCACAUUAGAGCCCAAUGCCUUCGCUACCCUCCAGAGUCUUAAAGUCCUGAAGUUAAGGGGAAACCAGCUGAAGUUAGUGCCCAUGGGGGCCUUUGCCAAGCUGGGCAAUCUGACCAGCCUGGACCUGAGCGAGAACAAGAUGGUGAUUUUAUUGGACUACACCUUCCAGGAUCUGAGGAGUCUGAAAUAUUUGGAGGUGGGAGACAACGACCUGGUUUAUAUAUCCCACAAGGCAUUCUCAGGGUUACUGGGGCUGGAAGAUCUCACAAUAGAGCGCUGCAACCUGACAUCCAUCUCUGGCCAGACACUGUCUUACCUCCGCAGUCUGGUCACCCUUCACCUCCGUCACCUCAGCAUCAUUGCCCUGGAGGACCAAAACUUCCGCAAGCUCUCCAACCUGCGGGGUCUGGACAUCGAUCACUGGCCGUACCUUGAGUACAUCUCCCCUUUUAGUUUCCAAGGCCUGGACCUCCACUGGCUCUCCAUUACCAACACCAACAUCACCUCUGUCCCCUCCGUUUCCUUCAAGAACCUGGUGCACCUCACCCACCUCAACCUAUCCUACAAUCCCAUCACCACACUAGAGCCCUGGGCCUUCAAGGACCUGCUGAGGCUGAAGGAGCUCAUCAUGGUAAGCACAGGGUUGAUGACAGUGGAGCUUCAUGCCCUUGGAGGCCUCCGACAGAUCCGGGUCCUCAACUUCUCCUCCAACGACCUGCAGACUCUGGAAGAGGGCUCCUUCCACUCUGUCAACAGUCUGGAGACCCUCAGAGUGGAUGGGAACCCCCUGAUGUGUGACUGCCGUCUGUUGUGGAUCCUGCAAAGACGCAAGACCCUCAACUUUGACGGCAGAGUGCCGGUGUGUGCCGGGCCGGUGGAGGUGCAAGGGGUCAGCCUCAGCACCUUCACCGAUUCUGCACUCUUCGAUCACUUUACAUGCCAGAAACCUAAGAUACGCAACCGUAAGCUGCAGCAGGUGAUCGCUCGUGAGGGCCAGCCAGUGAGCUUUCUGUGUCGAGCAGAAGGAGAACCUGCACCUGCUAUUGUCUGGAUUUCCCCACAGCGCAGACGGAUCACAGCCAAGAGUUCAGGGCGCAUUAUUGUUCUCCCUAGUGGCACCCUGGAGAUCCGCUACGCCCAGCUUACUGACAGCGGAACAUAUAUCUGCAUCGCCAGUAACGCCGGAGGCAAUGACACCUACUUCGCCACACUCACAGUGCGUGGCCAGCCGCUAGAUGCCGCCUCAGCCUUCUUUCUCAAUCGCUCGCUGUACAGCGGCGACUUCUUCAACGACACAAAUCUGAACAGCACGCGUGUUUUCCUCAAGUUCACCUUGGACCUGACCACCAUCUUGGUCUCCACGGCAAUGGGUUGCAUCACCUUCCUGGGGGUGGUCCUCUUCUGUUUCCUGCUGUUGUUCGUGUGGAGCCGGGGACGCGGCCAACGCAAGAACAACUUCACAGUGGAGUACUCUUUCCGGAAAUCUGAACCCGCCACUGGAGGCUCCUCAGGAGGGACCAGGAAGUUCAACAUGAAGAUGAUAUGAAACAACGCAGCCAGGGGUCCCUCAGGGGAGGCAUGAGCACGUCCCAAAAACGUGUUUGACACACACAAACACACACAGCCACUGACUCGCAAAGAAGUUUGAAAUCACAGUAUAGGUUCAUGUCUAUGGUUCUAUUCAAAAUUGAGUGCCCACAUCAAAACUGGAGCCAUGACUUAAUUUGGUUUGAUUUGUAUGAAUGAAAACAAAAUGACCCUGAUCUCUCUGCCUCUCAGUGGUUUUAUUCAGCUUGUGGUGAAAAGCAUGUUUGAAGGAUACUGUAAGAAACAACAGUAUUGAUAGAUUCGAAAGAGCUACUUGUCAUCCAUGCUUGAUAAGAUUAAUAGAGUUAAGAAUUAUAGGAGAUAAGUUUUGGAAAUCAGCAUGAUUACUGAGCUGUGGAAUACUGGUAGUCCUGUCUCUCAGCUACAUUAAUGAGAAAAUUAAAAAGAUUUCCUGUUUCAUUUAAAGUUCCCUUUACUGUAUUCUGUGCAGUCAGGGAUUUUAAAAGACAUGUAAUGCAGGGAGACCUGGCUACCAUCCAGUUAUAGAAUUUGUAGCUAUGCUCUACUAAAGUCUGCCUUGUUAAGAAUCAUGCAUGUAGAAACGCAGUUGAGAGUUAAGUUGUAAGAUCACACCACUGAAUAAAACAAAUUGUUUUGAAAGACAGUUUGAAUAUGUUUUUCUAUAAAACAUGUAACAGCCACCUUUAUCUAUUCUGACCACGGCUGAACAGUGAGGAGGGUUCUAUAGGGUCAAACACUUCAUUAACAUUAUCAUAUGUAAUUUGUUUUAAUAAACAAAAGCUUAAUGGAUGUAACAUAUGAUCUGAUAAUAAUAUCUGAUAAGAAGCAAUAGAUUUGGAUCAUUCACAUAGAUGACAAAUAGACAAAAGAAACAUGAUUUGGCCUUUUCUUCUUUGUGAGAUUUUGCGACAACGUUAGCUGUGUGAGUUUGGGACGAGCGCACUGGCCGAGAGCUGCUGUGGCUGCCCGCGGCCCGGAGGGUUUGGUUAGGAAGUCAAGCCCACCGGACACGGGCCGCCACAGUAACCAUAGCAACCAACACAGGAGAUCGCAAGAGGGACCGAACUGGUGGCCACAGGAGGGUUGCUGUGUGGAAGGGGAGGGAGGAGAAAAAAGUCAAUGUGACCUCUUCUUCCUCUCCCUUACAUCACAAGCUACGUUCAUCCUCUUUCAUCAACAGGAGAGGGUCGACCUGCCGGCCUCUACCCUCCGUCCCUGCUCUCUGCUGUGUUGGUGGAUGCCUGACCUUCCCAGCGCUGCCAGGGGGGAGCAGCCUGGAGAGUUGGGUCAUACUCAGAGGCAGACAGAGGACACACACACACACUCAUCCUAGUAGUGGAAAACACACAUAGCAACACAUGUAUAGCACCUUUUCUCAGGAAAAGUGAAGUAACUACCCUACAGAGUGAGUGUAACCACACAUACUUACUCUGUUACAUUCCAGCAAUACUGUAUGUAGAGCCAUAAAGCCAAAAUUAAUUCUCUAAGAGAGAACUGAUGUAAAUUUGUGAGUGAAGAAACAAAGCCAUAAUAUGUGUAGGUUGUUUUUUUAUACAGUAGCGCAUGCAUGAUUCAGUUAUAUAAUAACAAUUAGUGCUACUGCCAUCUUACAAGCUGUCGUGAUGAUCACAAGACCAUCUGCUGUCACUGGGCUUGCAUAAAGUUGCACCCCAUUAAACACACACACAAACACACACACACAGAAGAGGUAAAAAAUCACAACAAGGUUAUUUGGAUUGAUAGAAACAACAAUCACAGUUACACAUGACUAAACAUACAAACUGAUAAAGCACUACAGCAAUCACAAAGUGUGAUGCUGACUGCUCUCUCUCUGUCUCUGAGGCGGUCGGUGUGCGAAUGUCUCUGCCCCUAGCCCAGUGCAUCCCCCCUCCUCACCCCCACACCCCCACACACCCCCACUGGGUCCUCCUUUGGGAGGGGUCCCUGGCUGGAGAUCGAGUAUUCAAAUGUAAAUGAAGUCGUGUUAACCCUACCCACGCCAUGUGCAUCGUAUAGUGGAGAGUAGUACUGUGGUUUUAAAAACAAACAAAAAAAUGACAAAAAACUUUAUUUGAAGUGUUCUGUUGCUUCUUGUUUGUCCUCCAUUUUAAUUUCCUCAGUUGUUGUUCUCCGUGACCUUUUGGCUGUUUACCGUUUUAAAGUUCCCCAUCCUCCGUGUGGGACUGUUCUGUUCUCAACACCUAAUAACGUUCCCACUCACUAGACAAUAUAUAUAUAUAUUUCCUAGUAAUCAAUUUAGACAUAAAAUAAAAUCUUUAAGAGCUAAGACAUUUCAGGUUUUAACGGCAACCUGAUUUACUAGUUUGAAACUAGCUAGUUGCCAAGAAGUAAUGGAAUAUGGUCGACAUAUCUGACCUGACAAUUAAUCAAAUUGCUGUUUAAUGAUGUAAACUGGAAAGAUUUUAAAUCACAUUUCACCAAAACACACACUAUAGCUCAAAUUACAACGCAUGAUGCCUAAUGCCAAUAACAUUAAACUAAAUGGCCAAAUAACGUUGGUUAGGUUAGUAUGAUUAUAUGUUUCCCGCUCAUUCUAAAUGAAUACUCUGAAACACUCAUAUUUCUCUCCAUAUAUAAGACAUUUCUUACGUUUUAAUGGUGCAACUCAAGUAAGCAAAUCCCUGUUUUGAAACUAGCUAGUAGUUAAUACAAACUUAGGAAGGACUCUACACACAAACUUAGUGAAGGAUUUACAAAUAUCUGGUGCUAUUCAACUCACUGACAUGUGCAACAUGUCAUGAAAGGUUGCAAGUACAUAUUGUUAUUUUAAUACUGUAAAAAGUUUGGAACCACUGAUCUAAAGUACACCUACAACACUGCAUAAAGACAGGUAAAUAAUUUGCCCCAGGUAAGAGAGAACCUCAAACUCUCAAAACUUUUGCAAAUAAAUCCUGCAAACUCCAUUUUUGUCCCUUGUGAGGGAUGAUGAAACCUCGGCUUCUGUGUCAGGAUGAAUAACUGAACAGCUGUUAAAGAUUCAUGAGGCCGAAUGAGAAUAGAUGAACAAAUUGGCCUGGUUUUCACACCACCUUCAACAGUGUCAGCGGCCAUUUUUGUGUUGAGAACAGGACGUUGCCUUCAUGGACGUCUCCUCUCCCUGAGCCGACCCUCUUGUGUUUCCAUUCCCCCGUAUUUACAGUGGAAAUUAGGUGUAGAAGACAGUGAGAAUGUCUGUAGUGACUAUCGAUGGUGUUAUUGUGUAAACAUCAAUCACAAAGAGUAGAUGAGGUUGUGUUUCAUUUUAUUAUCUUCUUCUCCUUCUCCCCCUCUUUACCGUCCUCCUCCCUUCUUCCUGUUCCCUGUCUUCUUAACAUUUCCAACCCUUGUUGUCCCUGUUCACAGUAUUAGGCUGGAAUAUGGUUGUGUGGUAGUAUACACGUGUUCUGUAUGGUCGAUGAGUCAGUGUUGUCGUGUUAUGAUUUGUUGCUCCUCGUGAUGCCAUCGAACACGGAGCAGUGAUUGGAUCAGUGGAGACAAAAGAUGAAAGGGGUGACCCAGGUUCCCUAAAAAAAAACAUUUGUUCCCCUACUCAUUCCUGAAAAACCAUUUCUGGAACUUUCCCGCUCUGCGCAAUGCCACUCUGGGGUCUUUCUCUGGAUAUGAAAACCCAUGGACUGUACUGUAUGUAUUUUCUCUGAUGAUAUCUUGUCACGCUUUAACUUACAGAUGUAGAAAGGGGGGUUGGGUUGUUGUAAUACCGUGAUUAUGAGCCUACACUCUUUCUGCCUACUGUGGUACACUGAGUCAUUUUCACAAGGAAUCCAUUCACUGAAAACUGACAUUUUCAUUUUGGUCAGGGUUGAAAAUAAGCAUUGUAUGUAUUCAAGUCCCACAAGUCAUUGAAAGCUGUAGAAACUCAAUUUGCUUCAAGCUACAUGCUCUGUUCUAAUUGAUAGAAUUGACACUUUGCCAAACAAUUGUUUAGCAGCUCUCUUUAAAAUAACAGUACACAUUGGCAUCGCCUCAGUCUCGGUGUUUGUAGAUACCAGUGGAGCUGAGCUUGAUUCAUCUCCUCUGCCGUGAUACUUGAGAAAAUAGGCUGAGCGAUCCCCCCGCUCCCUCCUCGGGUUCGUCCUUGCCGGGGGUUGGUGUACUGUAGUCUAGACGCCCCAUUUACAGCAGCAGCAGCAGCAACCUCACUUUUAGGAUACCUUCCACUGGGGAACUCUUCAAAGACGCAGACUAAAAUAAGACAAACCCUGAGACACCAAUAAUCAUGGCAUCAUCACCAGCCAAGCCUGAAUUAUUCAUUUCUAUAAAUUUUGUAACAUUGUUUCCAUUCUAUUUCUCAACUAAAGGAGGUUUUGCCUUCAGUCCUCUCAGCUGUUCUCUUACUAUUCAGCCAAGAAAGAACUAUUUUAUUCUUACCUUUAAGACUGCUCUACAGCCUUGGUUUCCUGUCAUUUCUGACUCCAUAUUAGCUGUAAAUGAAUCCAUCUUCAACUCCAGAUCCCACAGCUGCUGUUGUGUUUGGAUUAGACUUGAGUUGAAUUAUCAGAGCUGAGAGGAGCAGUAAUGGGAUGACGGAGAAGUGAGCUCGGCUGAUUGGGUGAUUACUUGGCUUGUUUGUCCCAUUUCCAUAACAGACCUCUCAGAACAGUGUGUCAUACAAAUACUGGAGGCUUAUGUUAUUUGAGCUUUUUACAUAUUUGUUAGAUAGAGUAAGUAUGGUGGUUUCUCUAAUUGGACAAAGAGGUGGUAAUGCAAAGCAGUCAUUGUUUACUGAUAUUUUGGUAUCAUUUGGUAUAAUGUAGUAGAGCAUUGCUGAAGGAUUGUUUAAAGCACCUUGGACAGACAACUGCUUCAUCUUAACCUUGACCAGACAAUUGCAAGUGCAGCCCUUUCUAUGUGGUAAUACUGACCCCAAGUGGUCAAUGUGAGUAACUGCAACAAAUGGGACCAUAAUGCUGAUGUACCAGUAUUGUAUGUGGUGGGAAAAUAAAUAAAUAACAGCUCUGGGUCUCAUACAGUGAAACACUGAAGAGAGCAAAAUUGACUGUUAGCUUCAUAAAUCAGUGAUUCACUGAUUUUCUUAUAGCCAUAGCGUGAUCUCUUCUCCACUCUGGGUGUCUGGGCGUUGUUUGCUCUCAGCUACCUGUGAGGGAAGCAGAGUUAUCAGGAGAGGCUUCCAUCAGAUGAUCAAAAGCAACAGUUCUGACCUGGUUUGCUGGAACUCAGUCUGUAGACUAGACAAAUACUUUCUGAUGCCCCCGCCAGUCUUACCACCAUCAUAACAAACAAUAACAAACCAUAAUAAAAUGUCACAGCAACAUUCUUUCUCUGUACAUGACUGAGAGCUGAUUGCAAACAAUCGGUUCCUCUCUAGAGAAAAAACUUUCUUUCUUGUGGUCUUAGCAGGUUUAAUCUAUGCAUGCCUUUUGUAUACAGUGAUUGGUCUUGCCAAACUCUCACCGACACUUGUACAGAGAGCUAUGGGUGCCAUUGUUGCUGGCCAUGGGACUGGUUGAAACAAACCUACUGUAUGAGCAAGUGAGACCAUUGAAGUGUUUUUAAUUUGGUACAAAUUAAAGCCAGGGGAAAAUAAUCACCUGCACCUGCAUUCCUGAAUAUUUAAAUGUGGAGUGUGGAUCUUAGGAAAGAAGCAUUUGUUUACUUGGGAUGAUUGUACUUUUACACAUAUCUAUCCACACACAGAGGAUCUGCUCAGAUGUGGAAGCUGUAGAUAAAAUGAUUGAUAUUCCAAGCAGGAUGGUGGGACUGAUCAAUGCUAUAUGGGGAUAGGAUUAUUAAUGGCAUACUUUCAUUGAUCUAUCUUGAACCUUGUCACUCUCCCACAGUCCCUCUGGAGUAGGAGGAGGCGUACAGAGCUCUUACAGACCUGGUUGGCACUCAUUCCUAGGUUUCCACAUUAAGAUGAUUUCACUUUUCCUCUUUUAAGAACGAGAUGGUGCCAGAUUUCGACUUUUUUGUUCCAGGUCUGAGCCGAUGUAACGCUCUCUUACCUCUCCCACUCUUCAGAGGAAGCUGUCGUUGGUAUAGCUCUGUAUUUGUUGAAGCCCUCUAAUGGGAAAUAUUGAAGUUUAUGUCUCAAAUUUGGCUGGGGUAAACUUAUUCUCUUCUCUCUCUUUCUCUUUCUUUUCUGUCUCUGUCUUUUCUCUCUGUCUCUCUAUCAACCUGGCGCCGACCUCGUUAAACAUUUCAGAACAUUUUUUAUUGAUCACUCUUAGUUUUUCCGCUAAAACAUGUUUGUUCCUUGUUGACACAGUUGUUGCUGAUGUCUGAAACCUAGGAAUGGGUGCUGAGCGCUCCAAUUAAAUACAGAGAUAAAAUAAAGACAAGUUAUUCAGCUUGUCGGAUUGAAUGGUGUCAUCUGUUCAAUCAUUAAAGCAUAUGACUGACUCAUAAUAGAGACUGUUAUACAAUAAGUACCAAAUUUGGACUCAAGAACAUCAGACUGUACAUGAAUUAUAAAAUGCAUAUUUUGCACCGUGAUGUUUGGAUCCUUGGAUGUGAAGAACAGAAACUGUACAUAUUAGAUCUAUUAGCCAUAUCAUGUCAUCUAAUCUGUAGACCUCCUUGCCAUGUCUGACAGAGGAAAAUGACUGUUGAACUGUAAAUAGUGUAGGUAUAGUAAUAUAGGAUUUAACUGCUGCUUCUUUACUCCAGGGAUCACCCAUGUUUUGCUCAGUCCCAUGGCUGCUUGGUCUCAAAGGGAAGGAUGAGACAAUAAUGUACUUGUCUAUAAAACACAUAUGAGUUCUUUUUUUAUUUCAAUGUAUGUUUUAUAUACGGUCUGUCUUGUAAAUGAACCGUUUUUCGUCAUAAAAGCAUGAUGUGACUCUG